CCGCUCGCAGGGUGAGCCCCGCGCGCCGGCGCCUCGCAGGGCAGGGACCCCGGGGCCGAGCGCGCCGCCGGGACCCCGCCCGUGCCCGCGCGCCGGAGCUAGCCAGAAAAAUCCGUUUUCUUCUGCGGAGGGCGAGCCCGGACAGCGUCGACGUCGCGGAUCUGGUAACAUGGCCAAAGAUGCCGGUCUAAUUGAAGCCAACGGGGAACUCAAGGUCUUCAUAGACCAGAACCUUAGUCCUGGAAAAGGCGUGGUGUCCUUGGUAGCUGUCCACCCCUCCACAGUGAGCACGCUGGGGAAGCAGCUGUUGCCCAAAACAUUCGGACAGUCCAAUGUCAACAUUGCACAGCAAGUGGUAAUUGGUACGCCUCAGAGACCUGCAGCGCCCAACACUCUGGUGGUAGGAAGCCCACACACCCCUAACACUCACUUUGUCUCACAGAACCAGCCUUCAGACCCCUCACCUUGGUCUGCCGGGAAGCGGCACAGGAAAGGGGAGAAGAACGGGAAGGGCCUGCGGCACUUCUCCAUGAAGGUGUGCGAGAAGGUGCAGAGGAAGGGGACCACGUCCUACAACGAGGUGGCCGACGAGCUGGUCGCAGAGUUCAGUACCGCCGACAACCACAUCCUACCAAACGAGUCCGCUUACGACCAGAAGAACAUACGACGGCGCGUCUACGAUGCCUUGAACGUGCUGAUGGCCAUGAACAUCAUCUCGAAGGAGAAGAAAGAGAUCAAGUGGAUCGGCCUGCCCACCAACUCGGCUCAGGAGUGCCGGAAUCUAGAGGUGGAGAGGCAGAGGCGGCUUGAAAGGAUCAAGCAGAAGCAGUCUCAGCUCCAGGAGCUCAUCCUGCAGCAAAUUGCCUUCAAGAAUCUGGUGCAGAGGAACCGGCAGGCGGAGCAGCAGGCCAGCCGGCCGCCCCCGCCCAACUCCGUCAUCCACCUGCCCUUCAUCAUCGUCAACACCAGCAAGAAGACCGUCAUCGACUGUAGCAUUUCCAAUGACAAGUUCGAGUAUCUCUUCAACUUUGACAACACGUUUGAGAUCCACGACGACAUAGAGGUCCUGAAGCGGAUGGGGAUGGCCUGCGGGCUGGAGUCCGGGAGCUGCUCUGCUGAGGACCUGAAGAUGGCGAGAAGCUUGGUGCCGAAAGCGCUGGAACCUUACGUGACAGAGAUGGCUCAGGGACCCAUUGGAGGAGUGUUCGUCACGUCAUCGGUGUCGACCUCGAAUGGCACGCGGCUUUCUGCCAGUGACCUGACCAAUGGUGCGGACGGCAUGCUGGCCACAAGCUCCAGCGGGUCCCAGUACAGCGGCUCCCGGGUGGAGACCCCCGUGUCCUACGUCGGGGAGGACGAGGAGGAGGACGACGACUUCAAUGAGAACGAGGAGGAGGACUGAUGCCUGCCCGCGUCCCACCCUCGCGGUCUGCGUCGGGAGCACUGGUUCGGGAGCGGCUGCUUCUGCUGUGGGCGUGUGUUUCUUUCUGGCCUCCUCCCUGGGACCCGGUGGCGAGCUGCUGACCGGCCACGCGGCUCCGGCGAGCAGGCGAGGGCCGUGUCCCGCGGGGUCUCGGGGUGAGCGGUGGGGUGUCUCCAUGCCAGCGGCCACUCGGGCCCCUUCCUCACUGUCUAGGGUUGUGUCUCCAUUGUCUGUCCUCAUCCAGCCUUCCCUUUGCUCCCCGCCCUUGCCGAGCGCGCCGGAGCACUGGCGUGCCAGCCGGGUCGCCAGGGC